AUGCCCGUACUUCGCAAGCUGAUAUUUUGCAUCUGGAUCAGAAGACCGCGAAGUGUUCGACCUGUAAACCAGUUUGUGGUAAGUUUUAGCUCUUUAUAGCACACCAGUGACCAGAAAACCACUCAACUAGCUUCAAAACGUGUUUUUCGGCAAAAUCUCCAGGAGCAAAUGGGUUAAAGCAAAAUGGAUUCAAAUUGCUACCCUGUUUAAAAUGCUAAAUAGUGACAUUGAAUACUUUUUUUUAAGAUUGAAUUCCCAUAAACCUCUUCCCUGCAGAGCUACACAUACUGAGUAAGCCAAACGUGGAAGUUUCCCAACCCCUACCCCACCACCCCUCCCUGAGUGCGUGUGUCAAUCUGUAAACUCCCAAGGGAACCAUUUUAGAUAUAUGGAGGUGAAGAAACAAUGCAAUUGUUAAUAACUACAUCUCGUCAAGACAUCAGGACUAAUUUCAGUUGUGUACACUGUUUACUCACUUUUUUUCAAAAUAUGCACAAACGUACUUGUCACCCGUUUAAAGUUUUCAUACUAAAGAUCAACUUCACUACAAUAUCGUUCAAACGCAAUACUAAAUUCUCAGUGAUUCUGACGGUGGAUUAAAUAAAGAGGGAAUCCACCAGGAAAUUGAGUAAUUUUAAUUUUUAGUGGACAAAAAUCCUGCGCCAGAAUAAUUUAAAGCAUAUUGCAUUCUUUUUUUUACAUUUUUCAAGGGCUAAAGAUGUAAUUAGUCUUCUGUGAUAACACCAAAGAAAAUUUCUCAUGGGCGCUGGAGAAAAUGAAUAUGUCAAAUUUCACAAAAUUACAUCUUACACAUAAAAUUUUCAGAAUUUUUUCCUGUGUUUUCACAAUUCUUGUGAAAUUUGACAUUCAUUUUCUUGGAAUCCCAUGAGAAAUUUUCUUUGGUGUUAUUACAGAUGACCACUUACAUCUUUGGCUCUUGAAAAAUGUAAAAAGGAUGCAAUAUUGUGAAGAUCAGCUCCGCGUAAUUAUCAACAAGGAAAUAGUCAAAAUAUGACCUGGCCACAAACUCGGCCAGAAUAAAGCCUUAUGUGCCCAAGUUACAAAAUCGUUGGUUUAAUUACAAUCGAGUGAAUAAUAAUUUUUUAAUGAAUUUUUUUCUUCCCAUAGCCUUUUAAAAUUUUUUCUACCGGUACAAGCUUUUUGUCCUCUGAGAAUUAAAAUUACUCAGUUUCCUGGUGGAUUCCUUCUUAAACAUUCCUUUUGUAUGUUACCAAGCACAAAUUUUAAGACAGUAUUUUGAGUAUUGUGAGUAUUUUUUCUGUCUUUUUGUGUUUUCUCCUUUUAUUCAACAGGCAUGAUCUGUAACAUGUAAAAGUAGAUGAAAAACAGAGUGACUAGUGUCAUGAUCUCAAAAGAUUGUGUGCAUUAUCAGGAAUUACAGAAAAAUACAUAGGUUUUUCAAAAAUAUAAUAAUUUCGUCCAAGGAUAAAAAAAUUGAAUAGUAUUUCUUUCUGAGCUUUAAAUUCUAAAUAUCUGGUGAAAAGGUAACAUUAUCUGAAUUAAUAAAAAUCUAAUUAAAUAUAGAUUUUACUAACAACGUAAUUUUUUUUGAGUUUUCAUCUUAGUCAAGAAAUUGUUUCUUCCUUUACCUCUCCUCUCAAGGAUCUUUACUUUUGUAUUUUUUUUUAAACUGGCUACAUACCAUUGGGAACAAUGCUGUGGUGGACUAGUAUCCCAUCCAGGGAGGGGUGGGGGGAGUUGGCCUGGGAAUAGUUCUUGGCAAUUCACAGUACUCAAACCAAGAGAAGCUCUUACUGUGUGGGCUUCAAUGGCUUGUUUCAACCCUUUAAACACCAGUAUCCACAUACAAAUUCUCCAGAAUGAUCUCAAUGCAUUCCUUAAUCCUUUAAGCCCUAAGAGUGAUCAGUGGUCAUGAGAAUUGAGGACCUGAUCACACAAGAUGAAUCUAAUUGAUACUUCAACAAAUUCUCCCCACUACUUCCAUUGAAAACAAGUAGGGACAACAAAUGAGAAUUUGAAUUUUGAUAUUAGGGUUUAAAGGGUUAAAAGAAUUAUAUGUAGUUAAGAGAGUUUGAUUAACGAUCAAAACAUUUUCACUAAGUGAUCAUUUCCUUCACUUCAUAUCAUUAAAUUGGAAGUUUACAUACAUGUAGUCCACACCUCUUAAUGUGGUACAGGUGUAAUGUGCUGUUGAGACACUCUUAGUAACUUGCAUCAUCUUUGACCCUUCACCCUACAAGUUGUCUCUGUCCCCCACUCUUUCAAGCACAUGAAUAAAUUAUACUGGGCCAGUCCAUGUCAAGUGUUACAGUACAUAAUUAAUAAAUACAGUCUAAGAAUAAAGGGGGAGUGGAGGGGAGUGGAGGCUUAAAAGAGAGCGGGGGCUUAAUGAUUUUCUUCCCCUGAAAGGGGGGGGGGGGGCUUAAAAACUUUUUUCCUUUGAAAAGGGGAGGACUUAUUUGGCAGGGGGUGGGGGGUUAAAAGAGGAUUUAUGGUAUAGAGAUAAAUAUAUACAUGAGACACCACAGGUAGCCCAAACUCUCAAAAAAUGUCCGCAUGUUUUUCUAGUCAGUUUUUCCAGUCCACUCGCUGACAGAAAAGCAGUGGAAGACAAUGCUCAAUUAAAGUUUGCAAGAACUUACUAUUAAUAAGGCUUUUUAAUAACCUGGGGUCAGGCUCUAUUUUCGUUUCUCUUUGUAAAUAACAUUCCAGGGGGCAAGGCGAAACGAAAAGAGAAAUGUUAGCGGGACUACGUAAGAGAGAAUGUAUGAGAACUGUAAAAUUAGGAUCUCAGAUUAGCUUUUUAAUAAACCGUUUAAUAAAUUUAUGCCACUCUUCUUUUAGGAAUUGUCAUCCUUUCCUAGCACAGCCUCUACAUCACAGGAAGACCAUGAAAGCAUAUCAAGAUCCACUUCCUCCAGGAAAUUGAGAGUAACUCUGUUAAGCAGUGAAUGGAGAUCAACGAAAGGAGGCUUGUCAACCAUCAACCGAGAGCUGGCCAUUCAGUUGGCAAAACAUCCCAGCGUGGAGGUCAGUGUUUAUCUCCCUCAGUGUAGUGAAGAAGAUAAACGAGUUGCUGCAAGUCACAAUGUUCAUCUAAUUGAAGCAGAGGAAAUGGCAGGUUAUGACAACCCAGUAGACUGGUUGUCCUCUCUGCCAGACGACCAUGCUGUGGACUGUGUGAUAGGACAUGGAGCUGUUCUUGGUCGGCAAGUGCAGUUUAUUAAGCGUCAUUGUGACUGCAAGUGGAUUCAGGUCGUUCAUACAGCUCCUGAAGAGCUUGGUAUGUACAAGUCCUAUGCAGAUGCCAUUUCGAGAGGCGAGAAAAAGCACCAGGCUGAGGUAAAACUCUGUGAAAAAGCUGAUCAAGUUGUUGCAGUUGGACCUAAGCUGGCUGAAGCUUUCUCAGGUUAUCUCCGUGCCUGUGGAAAAGAUCAAGAUGUUCUUAAUCUUACCCCAGGUAUCUUCUCAGAAUUUUCUGUUGUAAAGCAAGCCACUGAAGAGAGAAAAACAUUUAGUGUUUUAGUGUUUGGACGUGGUGACAAUGAAGACUUUCAGCUGAAAGGAUAUGACAUCGCUGCUCGCGCUAUUGCCGAGUUGAAAGACGAGCCACAGCCCUAUAAGCUGUUGUUUGUUGGAGCUCCAAGUGGAGAGGAGGAGAAAGUAAAAGAUUUGUUACUCCAGCGAGGCAUUGAUCGCAGUCAACUGACUGUGCGUUGUUUCAAUGAAAGCAGAGAGCAGUUAGCCCGUUUGUUUUGUGAAGUAGAUCUUGCUAUAAUGCCAUCACGAACUGAGGGCUUCGGUCUAGCCGCCCUUGAGGCCAUAUCAGCUGGUCUGCCUGUGCUGGUUAGUGGAAACUCUGGUCUUGGCAAGGCUUUACAGGAAGUUCCCAAUGGUUCAAAUUGUGUGGUGGAAUCAGAAGAUCCUAAAGAUUGGGCCAAUGUAAUCAUAGCUGUACGGAAGAAAAAAAGGAAGCUGCGACUGAGAGAGGCCAGGCUUCUUCAAGGAGAGUAUGCAGAGAUAUACAGCUGGCAAGAUCACUGUAACAGACUUGUGCAACGAAUGCUUGCCAUUUCUCAAGGUAACAAAUUGGUUUUGGAAUUGUGUAAUCUGCUGGCAUUAGGAAAUGUACAUUUGUAGCGGAGCUCCACAGCGCCGUUCGUGGGCGGAGCCCCAUAGCUAAGAAAAUGUGGUAAUCUACCCAUCCCAGAAAAUUUGGUAAUCAUGUGACCGUACACUGAGGAAGCGAGCAACCGUCCGUCCACACCACAGGCAUACCAAUGCAAAAUUAAUUUCGGGUAGUCUGUGUAGUCUGUGAGCGAGAAAUAAAUAACAACAGAGACCAAUUUCGUUGGAAGAAAAAGUUUAAAAUUAUAUCGUGGCGGUGAGAAAAUGAGAAACGCUAGCAUGGACAGUGAAAAAAGAGAUUAAACAGGAACACAAACAUUUACUCCCUAAAACGUGUAACCAGGAAGUUAAAAGAAGUUUCACGUUUUAUUCGUGCAAAACAACAGCAAGGAAAUAUACAAAAAUGUGGUGCACGUGCAAAGUUGUUUUUUUUGCCUAUUGUUGUUAUUUUUUACCGUUCUCGUUGUUUUCACCUUGUCUUAAGUAUUACUCGAUUUUUAUAUUUUCUUUGAGGAAACCAUAAAUAUAAAAGAGAAUUAAGUUCACGUAAUUACAAUGACAACAUUAGUGAAAACUUCACAACAACAAAUUUAUCAAUCUCUUUUUAAUAACUCCACCAGAGAAGUCCGCCUACUUUUGCCAAUUUCAGAGAGUUUCAAAAUCGCGAUACCUUUCAAUGUCUUAUUCUCAACCUUGAGGGUCAAAAGUAACGAAUUAUGAAUGUCUACAUUUUUGCUUUUUUUAUGUAGGUCCCAGUGCAGAUGAGCAGAAUUUAUCUAAGAAAGCCACUGUGAUCUGUCAUGAUGAAAAGCCCUCUCCAACUGAAAAACAUCAUUAUAAAGGUACCCUUGAAUCUUAGAUACAUGAACAAUAGGGCCAUUUAUACAAGGAAAAAUAAGACGCGUCUUAAAUAAGACGCGAACUUUCCGUAUAAACGGCACAUUUCGUCUAAAAUAAGACGCGGCUUAGCUAAGAUGCGUCUUAUUAGAUAAGACAUGCUCGUAUAAAUGGUACAUGUCUUAUGGAAAACGCGUCUUAUUUUUCCUCGUAUAAAUGGCCCUAAUAUGUCCACAAGAGCAAUUCAUUGCUUUCUAUGUAGGAAGAUCUGGGAGAUGUACUUAUUCCUUGUGGGGACGUUAAAUAACUAAGAAAUGGUUGAAGCAUUAAACAAGACUCAUUUAAGACUGAAUUACAAGGUCAAAACGUUUUCACACUGGUUACAGGUUAACAAUGUUAGAUGCCGAGAAAUAAUUAACAAUUAGCCGCCGAACGUGACGUGAAUAUCGGCCAAUAGUCACCGAGACGAAGUCGAGGUGACUAUUCGCGGAAUUCACGUCGCCUGAGGUGACUAAUUGUUUUAGUAUAAUUACAUUGAUAAUUAUUCGAGAAAAUAAAAUUAUUGAUCAAUGUGGCUGCCAUUUUAAAAACAGCUAGCCUUCAAUGUUAUAAUCACCGCGCGGUGAUUAUAGCGGGAUGAAGCGAAGCUCCUAGCCAAUCAUAGUGCUCUAUUUUCGAUAAUCAUCAAUGUCAUUAUACUAAUACUCGUUUCAGGUUUACGUUUUUCAUGCUAAAUAGGGUAAUGGACCACAGCAUAAGGAAAUUGCGUUUUAUCAUAGAGGCUUGGUCGUUUUGAAUAGGUUAUUUUAAGUGAAAUUUUCAGCUUGAGACUGGCCAUUGUUGGGUGUAGAGGUGAUAAGUAACAAGCUGUAACAGUUGACCUCUUUAGCUUGUAGGGUUUAUUUUGCAGUGCAGGUCAUGUGUAAAUACUUUAGAGGACUGUUUCUUUUAAUUUACAUCUUAUUUAAGAGUUGAGUUCCCCUGGGACCUCUACUGGAAAAACAAAACAUACAAGCUAAAGAGGGCUAUUGAUCGCCCAAUGGUAAUCCGGAUUUCAGAAUCCGGGAAACUUUUGCUUAUGGAAUCUGGAAAUAUUCGGGAAUUUUUUUUCAUGGAAUCCUGAAUCCUGGGCCUUAGAAUUUAAGGAUUGGAAUCCUAAAUCCAUUACCUGGAAUCCGGAAUCCACAGCGUGGAAACCAUAAUCCAAGAGUUUCUUAAUGGCGAAAUUGAUCUUUCUUGUAUUUUUGUUUGAUUAGUUCAAUACAACAGAGUUUGGCAGCGUCUGGAAAUUACAACCUUCAAGGCUCGAGUGCCAGUCAGGCCUUUUUCAAGCUUCGUUAAUAGAAUGGCGACAUUUAGUUCAUACAAAGUUUCAUUUUUAAAAAUUGCAAAUAUAAUGGAUAUAAAGAUGAAUAUCAGUCUAUGUAGCGUAAAGGUAAAAAUUAUUAUUGGGGAAAAAUACUAAAACAGUAUUUGAUUGGAUUUUAGGUUCGACAAAAAAACUUCAGUCUUCCAAGAAAGGCAAAAGGCCGUUAUCUUCUAGUAACAUUCCAGCUCCAAAAUACCCAAGGCUGUUGGAAGAUGAAGGUAAGGUUAGUUUUUCAUUUUCGAAUAGAGGUUAUUGUUUCUUUUUAUAUGUACGUGUAUUUAUGUACAACUGUCUUAGUGGGGAAGACUGUUGUUCAGUCAGUGACACAGGCGGCUCCUACAAAAAUUCAAGUACUCCCCGAAUAGGAGUUGAACGUGUUAGGUUCUGGUUACUGGUCCAGAUGCUCUACUCCUGAGCUACAGAUGACUGGUGGGAGCUAAGGCCACUAAACUAGGUUCACGUGACAAACAUCCUGCACACUACUGGGACUAUUGUAGGACUUGUAUCCAACAAUGCAUUGGAAGCAGCAUCCAGCGAUAACAUGAUGUGGAGGAUUUUGCGUUUCUUGAUUGAGGCUUUAUUAUGCCCGCCCCUCUGCGUCCGCUUUGAAGUUGGACACUCACGGGGCUCGAGUCGCUCUCAAACGCGCUUUAGCAAAUUGUACGCUUCUCAAGUCUGACCACAGGCGUCCCAAGCUCAUGUUAUGAGUGUGGAAUACAAAUUAACGUUGUUGUCAUUUCUUGCAAGAGAGUCUGUGUCGCGUUGCAGGCGAGCAUUGAGACGUUGUAUGAGAAAUAAGAUACUGAGGUCUGCGAACGCUAAAUAUCAUUAUAUUUUACCUUUUUUUCUAUAAAAUAUAUAAAGGACACUUACCAUUGAUUUAUUCCUGUAUUUUUUGGUGUGAAUUCAUCGAUUUAGUAGGGGUUUUUUGCUGUUAUUUUGUGACCCUUGUAACUCCCUUCAUAAUACGUAGUAAAGGCUGCACAGGAAAACAGCCGACGGUCCGGACCUUGUCUUCUAGAAGGUGGUUUGCGGGCUAAAUUACUUGACAAAGCCACGUUAAAAUUAUUUUUUCAAACCUGUGUAAGGUGGCAGAGUUGAUGUAGUCUAAGAGAAUUCGUCUCCAACCAAGUUUCCCCAGGUUCACCGAUUUGGUCCUGUGUUUUACACCACCUCCACAUUUCCCAUAAUGUACCUUGUUUACCCCCCCCCCCCCCAAAUUUCUUUUGGGAUGGCUGUAAAACCCAGGAGAAAUGAAAAACAAUGGUUAUGCAAGAUUUUGGGGGGCAAAUAAGGUGCAUUACGGGAAAUGUGGAAGUGGCGUAUUUCUCCCUUUCUCCGUGAGGGUUUUAUGCAGCUCCUCCAGUUUUCCCAUCUCGUCAAAGGCCGACUCAAAUUCCAACUCGAUCUGGAGCAACGGACGAACACCAGUCACGUUUUUACACUGUUAGGUGUUUCUUGGGUAAAAAGUUCAGUUACAGUUACAUGCAAAACUGACGCUUUUUAUAUCGUGUGCUCGUUGGUCUAUGUGCGAGUAGCCGUCGUUGCUCACUUCGGUCAUGUGCAUCAAAUGUUUCAAGCCUCAUGAAUAAUGGAUAUACUUUUAGACAUGAGUGCGGUUCAAGAAACCACUAAAUCCAAAAUAAUUACAAAAUUUACAGGCCUUAGAAAUGUUGACCUGCCAUCCAACUCUUUGUUUGUUAGUGUAUGCAGCGUUAAGAAUACGUCUUGUUAAAAAAGGUCUGGUAAAACGCUUUUGGCAUACUUAUUUGGGGAUUAGAUAAAAUUAAUGUUGGUAAUUUAUUUAAUUGCAGGCGUAGCAAAGGGAUCCACGUUCUCGAAAAAAGGGAAAACGCCAUUAUCUUCAAGUGUUGUCCUUGCUCCAAAACAAAUGAGACUGUUGAGAGAUGAAGGUAAAUGUUGUUUCUGGUUUAUUUAGAAUAAGUGUUGGUAUUUCAUCACAUGUGUUUAAGAUAGUUGAUGUAAAUUUUCUCAAUAGUAGUAUGGUGUCACCGGCUUUAUUAUCUGCAGAGCUGACAAAACAAGAUUGUGUUGGUACUUUUGCUAUGGUUAAGAUUCAAAAUCUUGCUUUUCGAGCAUCAGCCCUUAUAUGGAUUCCCUCUGACCAUAGUGUUGGCGUUCGAAAAACCUAGUUUUGAAUCCUUUUACAAUGAAAAAUUGACUUUUAACAGUCAAGUCAGUUGAUAAAACCAAAUUAUUGUCUCACUUUCCUACCGAGACAGAGCCAUACUAAUUUCUUAAGAAACCAAGCUCUAUUCUAAUCUAAUACUCGGUUGUGACCAAUCACGUUUCUUAAGUGAUAAAAGCGACAGUAGUGCAACAUCUUGCAAAUUAGUGCUUACAUGUUUAAAAGUCGGUUUCAGCCUCUAUUUUUUUUUAAACAAUUUAAUGCUAACCUGCCAAGGUAACUUCCCCUCCCCGCCCUCAGUCUGUAAUCAAGUGAUGAAAACCAGAAAUAAACUCACAUUUAACUCAGAACUUUAUAACGUGUACAGAUAUAUAUUUCAUGUUGCCCACAGGUACAGAAAAAUCAGUUGUUGUGAAAUUGCUCAGAGCUGAAUACGAGAGACGAUCUAAAUUGAUGCCGCUUUCUUGGUUUAACACCAUCCAUUUACCCCUUGAAAAUGUCUACACGAGAUUGAAAAUUGUUUCACGACGAAAAGCAGACUUUCAGGUAGAAAAUGUCGAGGUGGACAUGUACGACAUCUUCAAGGCUCCUGGCAAAGGUGUUUUGACGCAAGUAGAGGGACGUCCAAGAAUCAUCCCACCUUUCGAAAACCCCGCCACGAACUUGAAAGUUUUUCAGCCAAGGAAAUGUGGAAUUCAAGUGAAAAAUGAUGAGGUGGACAUAUACCAAAUCUUUACAGAUCUUAAAAAAGGUGAGGAUGUUAUGACGCUAGUAGAGGGAAGUCCAGGAAUCGGUAAAACUACGUUUUGCCUUAAACUUGCUUAUGACUGGGCUCGUGAAACGGUACCAACUAACUCUUCUUUUCCCAAACUGGAAUUUGUGCUGCUCCUUAAAUGUCGAGACAUAGAUAAAGAUAUAAUGGAAGCUAUCAAAGAACAGCUUUUCCCUGAAGAUAUGAAAGAGGAGAGCUGGACGAAGUUCUCCGAAUUCAUUAAGGACAUUCAUGUCCAAGAGAAAAUCUUAAUCAUUCUGGAUGGUUUGGAUGAACUUCCCGAGAAAUCGAAAAAGUUUGUCGAUAAACUACUUCGCAGAAGAAUUUUGCCAUUUUGUUAUGUCUUGGUUACAUCCCGACAGGAAAAAGGAAUUGAUGUGCGAAAGAACUUUGAAUUUGAUCUUCUUUUGGAGGUCAAAGGAUUUACAGAAGAUGAUGCUUAUUGUUAUAUCAAGAAGCAUUUUCAAAAUGUCGGUCCGAAGCAUAGCUCGAAAGGAGAGACGCUCGCGAAGGAAGUGAAAGAAAACACGUUAUUGAACGCACUCCGAAAUAAUCCGCUAAAUUUACUUCUUCUUUGUGUUAUUUAUGAGGAUUAUGACGGAAAACUGCCAACUUCGCGGACUGAACUUUACCAAGUCAUUGUCCAAUGCCUUUUGAGACGAUAUUGUGCAAAACACAGCUUGGCGGUUCUAGAAGAUAACACUUUAGAGAAACGUUUUGACGAAGAUAUUCUUGCCCUCGGAGAGUUAGCUUGGAUGUGCCUGCUGAACUAUCGUCAAUCUUUUCGUGAAGAAGAACUGGCAGAAUUUGAAGUCAAAAAUAAAAACUUGGUAGCUCGCAAAAUAGGCCUUCUUUACAAGGAAGAAAGACUGAAGAGGAUCCUGAGGUCACAAUACGAGUACUGGUUUCUUCACAAGACAUUCCAAGAAUAUUUGGCAGCCGCCUUUAUAACGCACAAGCUACAGAGAGGACAGCUAAAUGUGUUUCACUUCACGACGUUUAGUGAUUUGGUCCAAGAAUAUCCACAAGUUUUUCUCUUUGUUUCUGGUAUGAUGGGCGAGAAAGCAACGCUAUUAUUCACGCAGAUUGGGAAGAAAUUAAAGGAGAAGGAAGACUGGGACUGGGACAAGUGCAGUAAGCAGGCGUCAACGUUCUUUGUGGAAAGUUUUAGCGAAAGCGGUCACGCUGAACAAAUGGCAAGUACUCUUUGUUCCUAUAUACCUUUCCCACAGCAAGUUAAGGUUGUCCCAGAGUUUUCCAAUUGCAAUAUAUUUCAAGUUUUAAAGGCAUGCAGAAGUUUUCGCAGUUUACAGCAGCCAGUUAAACUUAUCAUUUGCAACGAAACCAGCGAAAGAACAGGGUCCCUGAUAUCUAUCUCAGCCCGACUCGAUCUUUUUGGUGAGUACAUACAAUCCUGCUCGCAGAUUCAGUCCCUUAGCAUGUUUAUCCCUCCAGUGUCAUCAGGCCUGGCCAACGCCCUACGCAACGGUUUAUUUGGAAACACGACAUUAUCAGAGUUUUCUCUACAAAUGUGUGACAGUAUCCCUUGUGGCGCAGCGGUUAUCAUCGGUAAAGUGUUAGCUGCAUGCAAAGCCUUGAGGAAAGUUACGUUUUAUCUUGACAGAGUGUGGGGUGAGACUUGGGCAAAGGCUAUUGAACCUGCUUUGUCUGCGGACUCUGCUUUGAAUUCUGUGGACCUCCACGUUCGUGGGUCAUUGAACGACACUGCGGUCCAUGGUUUAGGAAAGCUUUUAUCGAACAAAGCUCUGGCUUCAUUUUCCCUUAAUAUCUCUGGAGAAAUGCAAGAGUGGGAAGCUGCUGCUAUUAGUAUAGGAACUGCGCGACAAACUGCAGUCAAGUCAUUAGAUCUUAGUGUUAACGGUUACCUUAGUCUCUCUUGUGCGAAUGCCCUACAAAGAAGUCUUUUAGAAAAUCUCUCUUUAAAUGAUUUAGCACUGAAUGUACGUGGAGAGAUUCCUGAAAACUGGCAUUCUGUUGUGGAAAAUCUUCGUUUGGUAAAGAAGGGGUCAGUUAAAUGUUCUUUUUAUCCAGACCCUGGCAGCAGUGUUACAUGUAAUCAAGUGGCCCAUUUUCGUCCUGCUGUGGUCGAGAAUGGGUUAGAUACAAAACAACACUUAACUGUAGUCGUUUGGGGAGAGCUGAAGUGUGAUGGAACAGAAGCUUUAUGUGACGUCUUGGUUCGUGUUCCCGUGACAAGCCUGACAUUGAACGUGCAUGGAAAAUUAAGUGAUGGUGUUGCUAAUAUCAUUGCAAGAUAUGUCCGACGAAAAAAUGCAUUAUCCUCCCUGACAAUCACUAUUUGGGACGAGCUGGCCUCAGGGACAAGGGCUUUACUUCAGGAACUAGCAUUUAACAACGCAACUGUUCAAGUGAAAGUGCUUGGCGUCGGCGUUGUUCCUAAUGAAGCGUGCAGUGCUCUUGGUUUCUCUAUCGACAGUCCUGCAUCACUGACACGAGUGUUCUCUGAACUUAAGGACACUAGAAAAGAGAAGGUUAAUCUUAGAAUUACUCACGAUGGUGAAGUACUUAGUGACUGGCCACGUCUUCUAGGUGAUACUUUGGCAGAAAACACAUCACUAAUUGAGCUAGAUCUUACAGUGAGCAACUACACAAUGAAUUUUGAAAUAGAGAAAGAGCUCGGAGAUAGUUUGUUGAGAAGUUCCUCACUAACAGUUUUAAAUCUUGCAAUCAACAAUUACAGUAACUUCGCAAAAGGCUGGAAAAACACCCUGGUCAACAGCUUGGCUAAAAUGGCUUCGUUAACUACACUUAGUCUUGCUAUUGAUGAUCGUGGCGAAAUGGACUAUUUCGUAGAAGAUUUGAUGGCAGUGAAGUCCUUGUCUACACUUUCCGUCGUAAUCAACGGUAGAAAUUUAAGUUACUUCUGGGGUACCUUUCUGACAAAAUGUUUGGAAGAAUGCCAUUCACUAACAAAACUCUGCCUUACAAGCAACAACUAUGAGGAGGAACAUGAAAACCAUGCUGCCUUCGAUUCAACUUGGCUAAAAGACCUCGGUUAUGGACUGGAAAGGAACAUAACAUUGAAGGAACUAGCCCUGACGAUUAACAACAUUACCUGUGCUAGUUUUGCCUGGCUCGAUCUUUUCACUGAGGGACUCUCUGAAAACAAGUCAGUAACCUCCCUCUCUGUUACAAUCAGUGAUUACCAAUUCCUGAGCUUUGUUGAAUGGUUACGCUUUCUGAAAAGUAGUUUAGUUAAUAACAAGUUGUUAACUACACUCACUCUGAAAGUAAAUGACUAUACUGAAGGUGAACGGCAUAAAGUUUUGCCUCUUGUACCGGUACCUAUUUAUGGUUUUCCAGAAAGCUUAUCAUUAACUGAACUCAAUCUAACAGUCAACAUCCGCAGUCAAGUAAGUGAAGACUGGUUACCAGGUUUAUGUGACUGUUUAAUGGCGAAUAACUCCUCCCUGAGAACAGUGAGAUUGCAAGUCAACAACCGCUGCGCUACAAGCAAAAGUCGUAUAUAUGACUUAAGCGAACUUCGGUUAAAAUACCGAUCAUUAUCCACAUUUGAACUCUCUGUAACCUUCUAUGGAGAGUAA